AUGGAACAAUCAAACCCGUUAAUAGAUCCACAAGAUGAAGUGAAGAAACUGCAGGAUUUAGUGAAAAAAUUAGAAAAACAGAAUGAAUUACUUCGAAGCAAACAAAAACUUCAGACAAUUGACUCGCACCUUCCAAAUGGGGAAGAUGCCAAACCGGUCAGUAAAAACACAGACAAUGUCAAAAAUAAGCUUCAAAAAGACUCUCUGAAAGGUUUAGAUGAUGUUGAAAUUGUCAACGUUGACGAAUUAUCUAUUCGAGAGGAAGAAGAAAGUUGGUUAUACAGCUCCCCAAAAGCGCCCACCCCCCAGCAGACUAAAGUUAGUCCCUAUAAAUGGGUCCGCCAAGAAUUUGAUCAUCCUAGUCCUGAAUUAGAAUCUGGUAGAAAAUCCUUAUUAUCAAAAAUGGAUGAAGUAGCUCGAAAUUUACAAUGGGUCAACCAAGUGAACCGAAGUUGCAGUACACCUAGUCUUGGGAAUCAUCACCCCUCUUCAAAUUCCUCUCUUAGUCGCUCAGCAGAAAAUAGUAGCCCAUACGGUAUGCACCCCUCAUCUCGGAAAUCACUUUUAGCUAGUAUAGGUGGUACUCGUGUAGAUACUGGUACGUUUACUAGACCACGUAAAAAUAAAUCAGGAGAGAAGUUACGUUAUAAUAAUGGUGAGAAAGAAAAUGAAUAUAGUAAUAAUGAGAGGUUACCAGAAGUCACUGAUAUUGAAGCUGUAGCAAAAUUACAAGAAGAAAGUUUGCGACAAAGUAUAACACAUCAUCCUUCACCUAGAAGAGAUAGUGGUGUAUUAGAGAGAUAUAGAAAUAGUAUAGAUUCAGAUGGAAGUAGCCCACCAGACAGCCCUCAAACACAACAAGAACCAUAUAACUACAAUACUUAUACUAAAAGAGGUUUAUCUAAAGCUAAUAGAUUACAUCAGUACUCUAGUGAUUCUAGUCUUGAUCAUCAAUCUGUAGGUAGUGAUGAGGCCAACCUAGCCCCAGAAACACGACCUGUCAAACGUUUACAACAACCUACUAUACGAUCCCAAUCACCAGGAUUUGGCUUAAAACAACCUACUCCUGUACGGCGUGGUGCCUCCCCUGGUAGAAGUGGUCUACCACAACCAAUGAGUCGACGUUCAAUCCCACGGCCUUCUACUGGAAGAUCUUCAUUACCCUCGCCUAGACGAUCAAAUAUUCCCUCACCACGUCCUUACAAUAACCAAGAAUCUGAAGAUAACUGGCGUGAUGGUUGUUUUUAAUAGACAAUUCUAAUAAUCUGACUGUUAUGUUUUUAAUGUCCAGAGUUUUUAUAUAUAUAACAGUUAUUGCUAAAACCAUAUUUUUAAUGCUUGUGGACAAGGAAUUUAUUACAAUUUGCCUUGUAGUUUAUUUUGGACGGAUAGUCCAGUAAUAUGUGCUAGGUAUUGUGAUUUAUGGACAAACCUAAUGGAUUUAUCUUAUGUGUUUUAUCUACUCAAGUACAAAACAGAUGAAAGAAAAUAUUGAUCAGCACCAUAAUGGAUUGUGUUUAGUUUU